GCGCCCAGCCUGGGUCUUCCAUCGUUAGGUUUCCCUUCCUACCCCGUUCGCUCGCUUUGGUGGUUGCGGCGGGCGUGCGGCUCUUGCAGCAGGCCACCGCGCCCCGUAUCUUGCCGCCAUUAACCACGCAUCAGAAGCCCCUACUGCUGAACUUGCCUCGCGUCAAGCUGCAGCAUCUCGGCCGACGGCGACGACGCGGCGUCCUCUUCCUCUACCCAAGCGCACUGGUGCCGACUGCCGACACUCUCUCCUUCCCUGUGCCGUCUGCUCUGUUCGGCUAGCUCCGCGUCGACCUGAUGCUUCGAUCUGCCGCCGCUGCCUGCCGGCGAAGCUUGGCCCUGGGCGCUGGAACGAGCCAGCCCCAGCCCGAACCGAGCCGACUGAAGAGGCUCGUUUGUUCUUUGGACCGAGCCAGGCUCGGCUCGGCUCGCGUCCACCCCAUAGCGCAUACAUAUAUGUCAAGUGUCUCCAAGCUGGAAGCCAACAAUUUGGUUAUCACUACACUUGCCAAGCUACCUGCCUGCCAUGGAAGGGUGGUUGAGCUUGUGUCUCGUAGCCUUAGCAACGCUACUGGCCGUUUGGUUUCUCAAGCUCUCCGGCUGCAAGAGCAAGCCCAAGAACCGGCUGCCCCCUGGGCCAUGGACUCUACCGAUCAUCGGCAGCCUCCACCACCUCGUUGGCGCCCUUCCACAUCGCACGAUGAUGGCGCUGUCUCGCCGGUAUGGGCCACUGAUGCUCCUCAGGCUGGGCGAGGUCCCAGCCGUGGCGGUCUCUAGCGCCGAGGCUGUGGCGCUGGUGAUGAAGACCAACGACCUCACGUUUUCUAGUCGGCCGAGCAUCCCGACUAUGGACAUAUUAGCCUGUGGCGGCAAGGGCAUCGUCUUCGCUCCCUAUGGCGAGCACUGGCGCCAGAUGCGCAAGGUGUGCAUCAUGGAGCUCCUCAGUUCCAAGCAGGUGAAGCGCAUGGAGGGCAUCAGGGCCGAGCUGGUGGGCAACCUCAUCCGCCACAUAGCCGACACCGCCUCGACCGGUGCUGCCGUCAACAUCAGCGAGAAAGUCACCAGGCUCAGCAACGACGUCGUGACAUGGGCUGUUUUCGGCAGCAAGUUCGCACAGCAGGGUGAGUACCUCCGCACGUUGUAUGACACGUUGGCGCUGCUCGGUGGCUUCCACCUGAUCGACUUCUUCCCCUCGUCGCGGUUGGUGCGGUGGCUGAGUAAUGGUGAGCACAACAUGAAGAGGAGAUACAGCCGCGUCCAGCGGAUCAUCGCUGACAUCAUCGAGGGGCGCCACGAGGCAAAGGAAGCUGCCGGCAGCGGCGCCUGCAACACCAACGAUGAUGACAUGCUGGACGUGCUGCUCAGACUGCAGCAGGAGGACGCGCUCGCGUUCCCUCUAACCACUGAGAUUAUCGGCACCGUCUUGUUUGACAUUGUAGGAGCUGCCACAGAGACCACAGGAAGACUUUUGGAGUGGGUUAUGUCAGAGCUUGCCUGUCAUCCUGAAGCUAUGGCUAAGGCGCAGCUUGAGGUCCGUAAGGUUCUAGGUGAAGAUCACCGAGCUGUUAUUACUAACAGUGACCUGGCUGAACUCCAUUACAUGAGGAUGGUCAUCAAGGAAGUUCUUAGGUUGCAUCCACCCACUCCUAUAAUCCUCCGAAUGAACCAAGAGGAUUGUAAAAUUAUGGAUUACGACAUCCCAAAAGGCACCAGUGUAUACGUUAAUAUCUUUGCAGUUUCCAGGGAUCCAAAGCACUGGGAAAAUCCUGAACAGUUCAAGCCUGAAAGGUUUGAGAACAGCAAAAUGGAUUACAUGGGGACAUGCUCUGAAUUCACUCCCUUUGGGACUGGGCGACGGCGAUGCCCCGGGAUUCAGUUCAGCUCGUCACUCACAGAGCUCACAUUGGCAAACUUUUUGUAUCACUUCGACUGGAUGCUUCCUGAUGGGGCUACCCCUGCUUCGUUUGACAUGUCUGAGAAAUUUGCGUUCACUGUAAGCAGAAGGACAAAACACAGGAAAUUCCUUUUUUAUUCUGACGAAACAGUCAUAGAUGGAUUUGUACCGUUGAGUUUCAGUGGCUCGUGGAUAACUGCAUUCACUGCGGUGGCCAUUUCCUUUGGAGAGCUGAACCCAUCGACGAAUCUCAAUCUGUCAAUACCGAACAGAAUGCAAUUAGAGAACAGAGGCCAUCCAUUCCUGCUUGCCGGUUCCCAACAACCCAAGCUAGCUGAAAAUCUGCAACUUCAAGUCCAUCCUAUGGAGCUAAGCGGAGCCACUCUCAUCUUCCUCUCCCUCAUCUCACUGCCUAUCCUCGUAUCCUUGCUUCACCGCAAAUGGACACCAACCUCCAAGAAGACGCAACCUCCCGGUCCACGGUCUCUGCCCUUGAUCGGAAGCCUCCUCCACCUUAUAACGUCGCAACCGCAGGUCACUCUCCGGGACCUGGCCAAGAAGCACGGCCCGGUGAUGCACCUGCGUCUGGGCCAGGUGGACACCGUGGUGAUCUCCUCGGCUGCCGCGGCGCAGGAGGUGCUCCGGGACAGCGCCCUCAACUUCGCGUCUCGUCCCAGCAUUCUGGCCUCCGAGAUCGCCUGCUACGGCAACCUCGACAUCGCCUUCGCGCCGUACGGCGCGUACUGGAGGACGCUGCGCAAGAUCUGCACCGUGGAGCUCCUGAGCGCCCGGAAGGUGAGGCAGUUCGCGCCCAUCAGGGACAGCGAGACGCUGUCCCUCGUUACCAACAUCCGCGACGGCGCCGGUGCCGGAUGCCGAGAGCCGGUCAAUCUGGGCAGGAUGCUCGUGUCCUGCACGAACAACAUCAGCGCAAAGGCGACGUUCGGCGAAGGGUGCGAAGUGGAGCUCCAGGAGCAGUUCUUGGCCGCGAUCGACGUGGUGCUCAAGUACAGCGGCGGGCUCAGCGUCGGGGACCUGUUCCCGUCCCUGAGGUUCGUGGACGCCGUCACCGGGCUCAAACGCCGGCUCUGGCGAGCGCGAAGGCAGCUCGACGCCGUCUUUGACAAGAUCAUCGCCAAGUGCGAGGCGCGCCGAGAGCAGAAGAAGAAGACGACCGGAGAGGAUGACCUUCUGAGCGUGAUGCUUAGGAUCAAGGACGAGGGGGAGCUUGAGUUCCCCAUCAGAGAGACAAACAUCAAGGCAAUCAUAGUGGAUUUGUUCACCGGAGGGACGGAGACGACAUCUUCCGCCGCCGAAUGGAUCAUGUCGGAGCUCAUGAGGAACCCGGAGGUGAUGGCGAAUGCGCAGACGGAGGUACGACGAACAUUUGACAACUUGAGCCCACAAGAUCAUGAGAGUCACCUGGAAAAGCUAAGCUACAUGAGGAUGGUCGUGAAGGAGGGCAUGAGAUUGCACCCAGUGCUGCCGCUCCUGCUCCCCCGUGUCUGCCAGAACACGUGUGACGUUGGCGGGUUCGAGGUCACAAAGGGCUCUAGGAUCAUGGUCAAUGCGUGGGCGAUAGCAAGGAGCCCCGAGUAUUGGCACGGCGACGCCGAGGAGUUCAGGCCGGAGAGGUUCGAGGAUAGCACGGCAGACUACAACGGCACACAAUUCGAGUAUCUACCGUUCGGAAGUGGGCGUAGGAUGUGCCCCGGCAGCAACUUUGGGCUAGCCGCGCUCGAGCUCAUUUUGGCACGGCUUCUCUACUACUUCGACUGGAGCCUCCCCGGCGGAAUUCAGCCAGAUGAGCUUGACAUGGACAUGAUCGUUGGGUCGACGGCUAGGAGAAAAAAUCAGCUGCACCUAGUAGCGUCGCCCUAUAAUGUUCCGAUCGACAUUUUAAGCUAGGCGAUCGAUGUGUAUGUUAAUUGUUGUUGUACAUGUAAGCUCAAUAAAAGUCGUCCUUUUCCAAAACGACUUCCCAUUAAGGCCUCGUAAGGUUGUAUAUGUCAUGUUUUCUUAGUGCAAUGUAAUAGACAAAUACUGGCUUUUGCCUGAUUUUUAAUAAAUAUGGUUGUGUACAUCAA